AUGUUUCUCUGGCGCGUUUGGGUCCUUGCGACUCUCUUCUAUAUACACCUCUCGAGCUUGAAGGGCGCGGUUGCGGAUAGCGUUGGAGAAUGUCAGUUCCCACGGUUGGCUGAAGCGACAGUGGAUCAGCUUCAAGCUGGUCUGCGGAAGGGGUGCUUUGAUAGUGUGGAUUUAGCGUAUAUCGGUCGCAUUGACGAAGUGGAUUCGGAAUUUGGCACAAUUUUGGAAUUGAAUCCACAGGCAUUGAGCAUUGCAAAACAACUUGAUCGUGAGCGGCGUCGAGGUCGUACUCGGGGUCCGCUGCAUGGGAUUCCUGUCUUGAUCAAAGAUAUGAUAGGCACAAAUGAUGGGAUGGAAACCGCAGCUGGUUCCUGGGCGCUCGUCGGAUCCAGAGUCUCUGCCGAUUCAACUGUAGCGGCGAAGCUCCGACAAAACGGUCUGAUCAUCCUAGGCAAGACGAGUUUGUCGGAAUGGGCCAACUUCCGCUCGUUAAACUCAUCCAAUGGUUGGAGCGGGCGAGGGGGUAAUACAUACGGAGCGUAUUAUCCUGAUCAGGACCCGAAUGGAAGUUCGAGUGGUAGUGCUGUUGCGACUGACUUGGGUCUUAUUCCAUUUGCGUUGGGAACAGAGACAGCUGGAAGUAUAUUGCUUCCAGGUGACAGAAACAACAUUGUCGGCAUUAAGCCAACUGUCGGGCUUACAUCACGGUACAUGGUCAUCCCUAUCAGCGAGCGCCAGGAUACGGUUGGCCCGUUGGCUAGAACCGUCAAAGAUGCAGCCAUGCUGUUACAAGCCAUUGCUGGUCAGGAUCCAAAAGACAAUUACACCAUGGCCUCGCCAUUUGGUGAAAGGCUCCCGGACUACUUGGCGGCUUGCAAGCUGUCCGGGUUCCAAGGCAAGCGCAUUGGUAUCCCUCGAAAUGUCAUCGAUUACCUGGGCCCGGCAGGCACCCCAAUAACCUCAGCCUUUGAAACAGCAGUCUCCGUGAUAAGCCGAGCAGGCGCUACUGUAGUCGACAAUGCCAACUUCACUGCAUACAGUAGCUUCUAUGAUAGUCUGAACCCGGCCAUUGUCGAGGCCGCCGACUUUACGACGAACAUCGCAACUUAUCUGUCGAAACUGAAACGGAACCCAAUUAAUAUCCUCAGCCUGGAGGAUAUCAGAUACCAUACCCAGCACAAUCCAUGGGAGGACUAUCCGUCGCGCGACACGGGGAUAUGGGACCAAGUGAUUGCCCUUGGACUGAACAACACAUCGCCGGCCUUUUGGCCAUUGUAUCAGGAGACCCUCUAUUUCGGUGAGGAAGGAGGCUUGCUGGGGGCUCUAUCGCGCAAUAAUCUUGAUGCUGUCAUCCUUCCUACUCUUGUCGCCUACGGCAUCCCUGCUAUUCUCGGUACGCCGGUUAUCACCGUCCCUCUCGGGGCAUAUCCAGAUGGGACUCCGGUUGAACACAACAGCCGCGGCGAUCUAGUGCAACGCGCCCCUGGAAUCCCUUUCGGCAUCAGCUUUCUGGGCCCGAAGUGGAGCGAAGAGCAGUUGAUAGGCAUGGCCUAUGCAUUUGAGCAGCGGACGCUCGUCCGUGAUCAGCUCAGACGAUACUUGGAGGCGUGUACCGAGCUAGAGGACGUGAUAUAG